GUCUUCGAAUUGUUAUUUUCAAAUAUAUUUUGAGCUACAGUUGGCUUAUUGGUAGAAAACAUGAGAAAACUACCCCACGGUCUGAAAUUGGGAGUUGCUACAGCGUCGUAUCAAAUUGAGGGCGCUUGGAACGCAGCAGAUAAAGCUCCAAGUAUUUGGGAUAUCAUGUGUCACCAGAAAGAAAGUCGGAUAAAAGAUGGCACGACUGGUGAUGACACUUGCAAAUCCUAUGAAUUCUACAAACGAGAUAUAGAAAUGCUUAAGUUCCUCGGCGUAGAUUUCUACAGGUUCUCCAUAUCGUGGCCAAGAUUACUUCCAACUGGAUUCGCGAAUAAAAUAAGUGAAUCUGGCUUAGAAUAUUAUAAUAACAUUAUAAACGAAUUAUUGGAAAAUAACAUAGAACCCGUGGUCACAAUGUUUCAUUGGGAUUUACCACAAAAUCUUCAAGAUCUAGGAGGCUGGACUAAUCCAUUGAUAUCUGAUUGGUUCGGUGAUUACGCGAGGGUUUUGUACAAGUUAUUCGGUGAUCGUGUAAAGAAAUGGAUCACAAUUAAUGAGCCAAAACAAAUUGGUUUGUUCGGUUAUGGAAUGUCGAGAUUUGCACCACAACUUAAUGCACACGGUAUUGGUGAAUACUUAGCAGCAAAACAAAUAGUUCUGGCACAUGCUAGAGCUUGGCAUGUAUAUGAUAAAGAGUUUAGAGAAACGCAGAAAGGAGUUUGUGGAAUAACAAUUGCAACGGAUUUCCGUGAAGGUGUGACUGAUUCUCAAGAAGACGUUGAAGCUGGUAUGGAUGCUAUGGAUUUUGAAGUAGGCCUGUACAGUCAUCCCAUAUUUACUUCAAAGGGUGGGUUUCCCGAACGAGCAAUUCGACGAAUCGCUGAAAAAAGUAAAGAACAGGGUUACCCAAAGAGUAGACUACCAGAGUUUACUCAAGAAGAAAUUGAAUAUGCUAAAGGAACUAGCGAUUUCUACGGCUUCAACCAUUAUUCAACGAAAUUUUACACAAGAGACAAUUACAAGCCUGGUACUCAUCCCAUACCAUCGUAUGACGACGAUAUCGGUGCUGAUUUCACUUAUUUAGACUACGAAAAGGGUGCUGUUCCUCAUUGCACAGUAAUUCCUCAUGGCAUACGAAAGGCACUAAAAUGGGUGAAAGAUAACUGUAACGAUCCACCAAUCAUGAUAACCGAGAAUGGGUCAGGGACAUUCGGUGGUCUAAAUGACCUUGAAAGAAUAUCAUAUUACAAAAGAUAUCUCAAUUCUAUAUUGGACGCAAUAGAACAAGAUCAUUGUAACGUUAUCACAUAUACUGCCUGGUCAUUGAUGGAUAACUUUGAAUGGGACAGUGGAUUGAGCGUCAAAUUUGGACUGUUUGAAGUAGAUUUUGAUGAUGAAAAGAGACUGCGAACGGCAAGAUCUUCAGCACUAUGGUACAAGGAUUUAAUCGCUAAGAGAAUCUUAGACGUCGAUUAUGUACCAAAAUUAAAGGAAAUUACAUUUUAG